GAUUCCCAUUCCUAUGAGUCUCUCUCACGCUCUUCCUUUUCCCUCUCUUUACAUUAGGUUCUCCCUCAAACUCUUGAAGAAAGGAAAACAAUUGAAAAAGAUGAGAUAAACGAUAGACAAUUAACCCUGAUCAUGAUAACAAGUUAGUUAAACGAAAACAUGGCAACAAUUUAAUAAAAAGUCAUUUUUGGUGGUUAAGUGAUCGAUGUUGGUAGCUACAGUUUGACCCUUAUCAAUGUUAACACUGGGUUAAUUUGGGUUCCCUUUAUCCCUCUUUUUCUUUGUUUACACUUUUUUAACCAGUUAAUGUCGCCUUGUUUUUCCGUUUUAUUUUGUAUAUUUAUUAAUUUGUUAAAAUUUAAUUGUGACCAAAGUCUUGUACAGUAAACGCCAUGGUUAAAUCAUCUUUUAUCAGCAAAAAUGGCCAUCUAAUAAAGGUACUCCGUAUUGACAUUUACUUGUUUCUGUUUAUGCUGGGUUAUUACAUUGGUCAAGUUCCUACAACUCAACUGAUUGAGGAUAAAAUUUGUAUCAACGAGUUACACAUUGAUCCCGAUUUGUGCCAAAAUCUCGACCAAACUACUGAGAUAACUGAAGUUACCAAAAACGAUGUCCUGGAAAGAACCACUAAAAUCAAAAACUGGCAAACCAUUUUAUCAACGAUUCCCGGUAUAGCAAUCUCUCUCUUCUCUGGUUUUUGGAUCGACUCUUAUCCAGCGCACAUAAGAUACCUUCUGAUGGUUCCUUGUGUCUCAAUCGCUCUUCAAUCCAUCACUUUGAUGAUACAAUGUAUUCACUUCGAUUCAGAGCUGUGUCUUACUUAUUGGUCAUUUCUGGUAAUGGGUAUUGGAGGCAGUAUACCUUUGGUUUUAACUUGUGCAUUUACUUAUAUAGCUCGUAAAACACCUCAAAAUUUCAGAUCGAUUCGAUUUGCUGUGGUUGAACUAUUUCUUCUCACGGCUCAACCUGCUGCAACAGCUCUUGGAGCCAAAAUUCUGGCCAUGGAUAGUUGGUUCAUCGCUGGUAACCGGAAUUAUGUUGGCGUUUUUCUGACAAAUGCAAUAAUAAUGAUUUUAGCGACAAUUUGGGUUUACAUGUUGCUAAAUGAUUGCGCCGAAGACGAUCAAGACGAGCAUAAUGUUGCCACAGUUAAAAGCGUCAAAGAGAUCACUGGAUCAAAAGCAAAUAACAAAAUUGAAUCUCAAUCAAGCAAACUGGUUUCCAAUCUGAUUCCAGCAAACCAAGUUUCUUAUAAAUCGACUUCAGACCGCUUAAGCGAUACAACAACAAACAAGAAGAGUUCAUUAUCAAUAGCAAUAAUAUCUGAAGACGCCAUCAACAAUAACAACCAUCUUAAACAACAAAUUGGUAGCAAGGAAAAAGGCAGACAAAGAGUUUCCAUUGCAUCAAUCAAACCGAUUGCUAAAUCAUUCAAGUCCAUUAUCAAUUUACAAAAUGUUAUCAAUACCUUCAAAACGUGCCUUCGAAAACGGGAAAAUGGUGAUCGAGCCAAGGUUCUCAACAUUUGCUUUGCCAUAUUUAUACUGUUUAUCAGUUUACUCUCUGAAUCCAACUUUGGGUUUCAGUUUACUGAAAAGGUUUUUCACUGGGAUUAUCGUCAUUACUCAAACAUCAAUGCAGCUCUGCUUUUGAUUCAAGCCUUUGGAGCCAUAUUAGGAGCUGCUUUUUUCAAGAGUUUUCUCAAUUAUCAAGAUUCGACUUUAGCGGCCAUAGCCACUUUGUCCCACUUUUUGUCCAACCUUUUCAAAGGCAUGGUUAACAAGGAAUCUUAUAUUAUGGGUUACAUUGUUUAUGGUCUUGGAGGCAUGUCCAUUCCUUCAGCUCGAUCAACUCUUACUCAGAUCAUUUCUUUCCAUGAGAUUGCUCAAGUAUUUACGAUACUAUCAUGCAUACAAGCAGCUAGUCCAAUGGUUUCAAGCAUUUUUUGCACUUCGAUUUUUAACUUGACCAUGGAAAGUUUACCAGGAACAACUUAUCAUGCAGUGGCGGCAUUACUUUUGUAUCCUUUUGGAGUUUUCCUGUGGAUUAAUAUUGCUCAACGUCGUUCAAAAGAGAAACAGAUUAAACUUGAUCGUAAUCUGUCCAAAGGAAUCGUUGAUCUUACCGUUGCAGCUGAACAACCUGACGCUGGAUAUGUUAAUCAAGGAUUUGUGGAUAGCUCCAAGUUUUGAAAGAAACAACUUUUUAUUGUAAAUUGAAAUAUAAAAAGCUCAAAAUUAGUGUAAAAUAACUAAAUGCUAUUACUGUGAUCGCCAUGCGACCAUCUUUUAUCACAAUUUAAAUUUAUUUUUAUUUCGAUUCCAAACUUCAGAAGCCAAUUCUGAUAAAAUCACAACCUAAUGCAUUCCAAUAAUAAAGAAACUAAGGUUGUUACUAAAAAAA